AUGGGAACAGAUUCUUCCCCAAUGAAGUUUGCCUAUAGUGAUCCGUCAAAAACUAUGCCAUUUGCAUUUAGUUUUCCACAACACGAGUCAUUACAUUCUCUAUCUUAUAAUGGUUCUCAGCGAAAACAGCGUCGUGAACGUACGACAUUUACUCGAGCUCAAUUAGAUCAACUAGAAGCUUUGUUUCAUAAAACAAGAUAUCCCGAUAUAUUUCUUCGCGAAGAGGUAGCAUUGAAAAUAAAUUUACCCGAAUCAAGAGUUCAAGUAUGGUUCAAAAAUCGAAGAGCCAAAUGUCGUCAACAAGACAAAGCAAAAAAUCCAAAACCAUUGUCAUCCGUUCAUCCCGACAAAACAACAGGACCAUCAAAUGAAACAUCUCAUCCUCAUGACCCACCAACAACACUAAAACAAGAAGCAAAAAGUCCAAUAUGUUCCAGUCCCGUUUCAUGUAAAGCGGUAGCACCAACAAUAAAUGGAUGUAGUGGUGGUGGAAGAAACAGUCAUUCACCAACAAGUGCCGGUGGUUCGGCGUGUUCAUCGACAAAUACUACCAGUAGUCAAUCACUUUCAUCACCCUCAUUCUAUCGCACCGAUACUCUCGCCGCUCAAGUAGCCACAGCUGCUUGGUCCACACAGGCAGCCGCUGCUUAUCAUAACAUAUCGUAUCCAAAUUCGACUUAUAGUCCACAAAACUAUUCCGCAUUUUAUUCUGAUUAUAAUUUUCAAAGUAUGUACAAAAAUCCCACGACCUAUCCAAAUGGUCUAGCAGUACAUUCAAAUUCUCCCUAUAGACAUGAUGAAUUUUUACAGCCAAAUUAUACAGGACGUCAACUAUCUCCAGAUGAUGUUUGGCCAACAAAAUUUCAAAAUUUCUGA